GAAAUACAAGAAGAGUGAAUAGAACUCAGAUUGUAUUUCAAGUUUUUCCUUUGUUGUAUAGAUCAUAAACUUGGUUCUUUUUCUUGGAAGUGAUCGCAUAUAAACUUGUUCCUGGUUUAAAAUGUUGAAAAAUAUGGACAAGAAGAAGAAGAAGAUCGCCAUCAUUGUGGGUGUGGUAAUCCUAGUGAUAAUUCUUAUAAUUGUGAUAGCCGCGGCCGCACGAAAGCCCAAGAAAGCAGCUGGUAAACCCAAGAAAUCGAAGAAGGCGAUGGAUACCAUCUGCGAAGUCACAGAUUACAAGGAGACAUGCAAGAGCAGACUGACUGCUGGUGGGGGCGAAGAGCUCCUGGAUCCCAAAGAUUUCAUCAAGCUAGGGUUUCAGGUGGCUCAGAAGGAAGUUGCAGCUGUAAUGGCUCAAAUCAACGAUUAUGCAAACGAGUUCAAGGACCCUAAAGUUUUCAACAUGUGUAAAGAGCUCUUGAAUGGCUCAAUUAGUGAUCUCCAGGACUCUUUUAACAAGCUUAAUAGCACCUCUAUUGACAAGAGCAAUGUAGAUGGUUUGCUCUCAGACAUCAAGACAUGGCUCAGUGGUGCCAUCACCUACCAACAGACUUGCUUGGACGCCUUCACUGGUAAGGCAUCAGAAAAGAUGAAGGAGCGCAUGAUGAUAUCCGGCGAGCUGUCAAGCAAUAGCCUUGCAAUGGUCACCGAGCUCUCCUCGGUUUUUGAGGCUGCCGGGAAGGGGCCCCAAAUCCCCGAACUAUCCAAAUUGUUAGGAGGCAGGAGACUCCUAGAACAUGAGAGUUCCCACGAGUUCCCUUCAUGGGUCGACUCAACGGCACGGAGGCUCCUCGCGGCUACUCCGGCGACCAUCAAACCCAACGUUGUGGUGGCGCAGGACGGAUCAGGGAAGUAUAAGACCAUUAGUGAAGCCGUAAAGGAAGUCCCUUUGCAUAACCGUGGCACCUUUGUCAUCCAUGUCAAGGCUGGUAUUUAUAAGGAGAAUGUGCAAAUCACAAAAGCAAUGCAUGGUGUUAUGAUCAUUGGGGACGGCCCCACGAAAACCAAGAUCACCGGAAGCAACAGCAAUGGUGGUGAUGGUCUAAAGACAUAUGAAACUGCGACGCUUGGAUCAAAUGGAGACAGAUUCAUUGUCAAGGACAUUGCAAUUGAGAACACUGCCGGACUUGACGCAAAUCAGGCCGUGGCACUUCGUGUGACGGCCGACAGGGCAAUCAUCUACAACUGCCAAAUCGACAGUCACCAGGACACCCUCUACGCUCAUAACCACCGCCAGUUCUACCGCGACUGCACCAUCAGUGGUACCGUGGACUUCGUAUUCGGCAACGCGGCUGCUGUCUUCCAAAACUGCAGGAUGUUGGUCAGGAGGCCAAAGGACAACCAAGGGUGCAUGGUCACAGCCCAGUCAAGAACUGACGAACGCAUGACCACAGGCUUCGUCCUUCAGAACUGCACCAUCACCGCCGACCCGGAAUUAGCUAAGGGUGGACCUCCGGUGAGCGCGUUCCUUGGACGGCCGUGGAGGAAUUUCUCGAGGGUGGUUAUCAUGAAUUCUCAAAUUGACAAUGUGAUAGCCCCAGAAGGGUGGAGUCCAUGGAAUACUACUAACGUCUAUCUCGACACACUUUGGUACGCCGAGCUGAAUAAUAGAGGUCCUGGUGCUGACACGAGUAAGAGAGUGACAUGGAAAGGAAUCAAGAAGAUUACUCCAGCACAAGCCGAAGAAUUUAUUCCAAAGAAAUUCAUCUUUGGUGACGGCUGGAUCCCUACAACCGGAGUGCCCUACGAGCCCGGCAUGAUGAAGACUUAGCUGCUUGUAGUACUGCACGCAUUUUACUUUGUAUCCGUGCUGCUGACGGUUUAAAAAUGAUCUCACUUCAAAUACACCUAUAUUACAUCUUAUUCAUUUUGGCCUAUAUAUGCAGUUAUGACAUUUCAUCAUUUGUAUUUGGUGGUAUAAUUUAAAUCUUAUACCAUCUACUUUUACAUUUUGAGAUAGGAUGGAGAGACAAUACGAUUUUACCGAAUAAAAAUUGUAUUGAGACCCUAAGAUUUUGAAGACACACUUGUCAGCUUGCCAAAUUCAAACAGCAUUGAAAUGUCAAAAUUACCCCUCAUUAUAUAAUUCAGUUAUAUUAUAAAAAUAUCAAAAAUGCUAAAUGGCCAAAAAAAAAAAAAAAAUACCCCCGUCAUAUAUUAGGAAAUUACAUCACAUCAACUCAAAUUUUUAUUAUUAGCUUUUGUUUACAUCUACAUAAAGAGAAGUUUUGGGCUAUAAGUAAUUCUAAUCAUUGACCAACGAGGAAUUUGGUUUAGGACUUUAUAAAUAGAUAUCUAGGGCUUUUGUAAUGUUUUAUAGUUUCAUAUAUAUAUAUAUGUAAUAAGAAUUUUUUUUUUUAAAGUAAGUGGGCCCACCAACCAAUUAAAAACAUAACAUAAGGCCAUUACGCAGAACCAUCAUCUCUCUCUGCUGCAUCACUUCUUCUCGACAGUUCUAUUUUUUUUUUUCUUUUUUGCAACUUCAAAUCUUGAUCUAACUUUUUCCUUUCGGAAUUUAGUAGAACAUUGUGAAGCAAAGUUGUUGAGCUCAUCGAGGCUGUCAAUUUGAUAGGAACCAAUCAUCAUUUGGUGCACUCUAGGGAGUUUGAAAUUCUAGGGUUCGUGGGUUCAAAUUGGGGGUUUUCA